UCGAUUUAAAACGUUGUAUAUACCAUCUCACUAAACAUAAUUAAAUACAACACUACAUCAAAAGACGGCUUUAAUAUCACAUUAACAUUAACAUGUUUUGGCGAGCCUAUAACAAACUCAGCUACUUCCGGUACAGCAAUAGUAUUGGAUUUGGAAUGGAUUCUUAAUAUCAGAAAACUAGAUUUAAACAUAAAAUGACCGAAACACCUUGCUGGCGAGACGAAGUUUCCAGGGAAAUGUACAAUUCUUUAGAGGAUAUGUACAAACACGACAGACACACUGAUACCAAACUAGUUGUCGGGGACAGGACAUUCAAUUGUCAUAGAGUUGUUUUGGCAGCCAUAUCGCCUUACUUUGACGCAAUGUUUUCGUCAGGUAUGAUUGAAAGUCAAAACGGGACAGUGAAUAUUCAAGACUGUAGUGUUAGUAUAUUUGAAAACAUCCUAGAUUUUGUGUAUUCAGGAAGAAAGGUCGUGACAUUUGAUAACUGUGAAGAUCUUUUGAAAGCAGCGGCAAUUUUUCAAAUGCGACAACUCCACGAGAAAUGUGAACAAUUUCUACUGAAUAAUCUGAUAUCAGACAACUCUUUAGGAGCAUGGAAACUUGCAAAAGCUUACGAUUGUCCAUCUUUAUUUACGAAGGCAUGGACACUGAUUUUAAUGAAUUUCACAGACAUUUGCAGGGCUGAGGAUUUCCUCUUUUUGGACAAAGAUGAUUUAAUCAAAAUAAUAACGGACGACAAUUUGAAUGUAACAAAUGAGGAGGUCGUUUGUGACGCAGUAUUCAGAUGGUACGAAUCAGAUGUAUCUAAGAGAAAGGAGGAUAUAAUCCAACUAUUCGAAUAUCUUCGUUUACCGCUCCUAGGCUCAGAAUAUUUGUUACAUGAAGUCGAGCCAAUGGAACUGGUGAGAGAAAGUGCAAGAUGCCGGGAAAUUGUUAAAGAGGCAAUAACAUAUCAUAUGUUGCCAGCAAGACGUUCAGAAUUUAAUUCAGAUAGAAUUGCGUUUCGAAAUCAUUUGACAAUGGAAGAAGUUCUGAUUGUCUUAGGAGGUUACAACAGUCAGUCGGAGAAAGUUGUAGACGUCUUUGCAUACAGCUUCCUACAACAAAAGUGGUUCUUUCUUACACCCCUAAUGUUUCCUUUAGGCCGGGAAUUCGCGUCAUGUGUAUAUGGAAAUGAUAUUUUUGUAUCUGGAGGUUCACAAAAAUUAGAUUGUUUAUUGCGAUAUCGUUCCGAAAACAAUGAGUGGUACCGAUGUACUUCACCAGUGCAGGGAAGACGACGUCACGCGAUGGUAGCUCUCGGAGGCUCAAUUUAUGUCUUAGGGGGGUAUGACGAUAACAUUAAGGAAGAAUCUUCCAAAACGCUAUCGAGUGUCGAAGAAUAUGAUAUAAAUCAAAGAACGUGGAAAAAGGCGGGACAUUUACCGAAAGCGGUCCGUUCAAUGUCUUCUACUGUAUCAAAAGAGAAGAUCUUUGUAUUUGGUGGCAUCUUAUCCGACGACAAAGAAACAAAAGCGAUUCAAUACUUUGAUACGCGGUUGCAAUCGGGGUGCAUUGUUGCAAAUUUACCAUCACCAUGCAAGCUUUCACGCGCAAUUGUGUCCGACAAAAACAUGCAUGUCGUUUGUACCGACGGAAGUGUGAUUUGUAUACCCGAAGACGGUAGCUGUCGAAUUAUUACAACAAUUCCAAAUUUUCAACGCAGAAGAUUUUGUGCUAUUCACCAUAAAGGAAAUGUUUUAAUUUUGGGUGGAGAAAGUGGGAAUGCAAUUCACCAAAACAUUAUUUCAGUUGACCUAUCAACUAAACACAUUGAUCAAAACAGAACUACGGUUAUUCCACCUCGAGCUAACUUUGCAGGGUUAAAAAUUGUAAUGCAAAAAAAGUUUUUCACAAGGGAGUUUGUGAUGACUGAGAAGCAAUCUUAAUCUUUGUAAUGUUGAUGUGCUUUACUUCUAAAAUAGUAAUUUUCUGGUAACUGACAAUCAAACGUUUUUUUUUAUUCUGUUGAAUGCAUAUAAUUAUAUCUAUUUCAAUCAA